AAGUGGGACCUAGCCCCAGUCUGCCGUUUUGCUUGGGCCCGUUCAGACUGAUAAAGACCUGGCGCAGUGAAGUAAGAAAUAGUUGUCCUCUUUUUUCCAUGAUAUAAAAUAUAUCUCUGUUUGACGAUGUAUAUGCAUAUACACAUGGCAACAGCACGCCUCCGCAUCGGUUCCGCAAGUCCGACCCCAGCGCUAAAGUUGUGGUGCUGUCUUCUGUCCUCUCAGGACCGUGUACAGUAUCCAGGCAGUGCCACGUGUCCCUCCUCUAUCUUCUCUCGCGUUAAGCUCAAUAUUGCGUCCAAGGGGUCUGCACCUGCCCCAUCAGCUUACGUGGCAGUCGCUUUUCCCUCCCUCUGCUUACGUCGUCCGUUGCGUGUUUUGCGAUCUGACGUGGACAAACGGAAAUCGAGUGACGUCAACAAAUGGCGAUCGAGUGAUAAGGAUAAGGAUAAGCGAAAACCACGUGGCAGGGGGGCACGUGCCGCAAAUAGAGGACCAGUCGCUGAGAGGAUGAUGGAAGUAGAUAACGACAAAGUGCAAAGCGCGCCGAUGGCCGCGACAUCGGACGCACUCAUUCCUGAAGAUGCGCUGUUUCUUGGCUUCGACAGCUCCACGCAGUCUCUCAAAGCCACAGUACUGGAUGCUCGACUGCGUCUGGUGCACAGUGAGUCGAUCCAGUUUGAUGCCGCUCUUCCAAAAUAUGCUACCCAAGGAGGGGUACACAGGGUAACAGCACCAACGCUCAUGUGGGUAGAAGCUCUGGACUUGUUGAUGGAGAAGUUACGGGACAGUGGAUGCCCACUCGACAGUGUUCGAGCAAUUUCUGGUAGUGGUCAGCAGCAUGGGAGUGUCUACUGGGCUAGAGGUGCUCGAUCCAUUUUGCAGAGUCUCAAUAGCUCUGAAGGAUUGGGCACACAGCUGCGGAAUGCGUUUGCAAUCAAUGAUUCGCCUAUCUGGAUGGACAGCAGCACACACAAACAGUGCAACGCAAUCGAGGACGCGGUGGGAGGUCCCGAAGCCCUUGCGGUGCUCACAGGUUCACGGGCACAUGAGCGAUUCACAGCGAGUCAGAUUCGCAAGAUCUACGAGACGAGGAGGGUUGAAUAUGAUAACUGUGAGAGGAUUUCCCUAAUCAGCUCUUUUAUGGCAUCCCUGUUGAUUGGAGACUAUGCAAGCAUUGACCAUGGCGAUGGUGGUGGUAUGAACCUUAUGGAUCUCAAAGCUAAGGCCUGGUCAGAAGUGGUCUUGAAGGCGGUCGCACCAGCGCUUGAAGACAAAUUGGGACCUCUCGCAGCUCCGUUCUCAGUUGCAGGACCAAUUCACCCCUACUUUGUAGAAAGGUAGAUAAGCAGGUGUUGGGGUUGUCGGAUUCUCUCUUCUCCUUCUAUACCUCGUCCGCUAACCCCUUGUCAACCCCUACCAACUAGGCCGCCUGGGUCACCUUGGAUGCCGAAGCAGCCCGGCCAGGCAAGGGCCAAGGAAGGUUCCAGCCAAAAAAGAAAACCCAAAAAUCGGGGAAAAAAACAUGUUACGCAAAUAAAUCAACUGAACAACU